GGGUGUGAAGAAUUGGUGGAUGAAGGUUCUUUGUCUGUACAGAUGGUUACCUCUUUGAAACAUGUCUUUCUUUCAAAUAUUUCAAAAUUUUAUAUUUCAGCAGAGAGGAUAAUGUUGAGAUUUGCAAAGUCCGAAACAUUCAAGAUCUCUGGUUGGAAGGAGUCGGGAUCUUUGUCCCAAAAUGGGUUCAGCUUAGUUGGGCAUCGUUUCAUUAGUAUUAAGGAUUGUCCCCAAUUGGUCUCUUUGGAAACAGAGGAGGAGAGAUUGCAACUUGACAAGAUUCCAGGUGUUGAAUCUCUGAUAAUAGUGGAUUGUGAAAGGCUCAAUAGACUACCAGAUGCCAUACAUGCUUUCCCAUUCAUUACAAGAGUAGAACUUGUAAAGUGUCCACGCUUGGUUUGUUUUGCAGAGAGUAACUUUCCUCCUGCUUUAAAAGAGCUGAGGAUUGGGAAUUGCGUGAAUUUGCAAUAUUUGGUUGAUGAAAAAGAAAAUAAUAAUAAGAGUAUCAGUAGCAACACUUAUCUUCUUGAGCGCUUAGAUAUAAUAUACUGUCCAUCUCUAAUAUGGUUAUCAUCAAGGGGCGACAUAUGCAAUCGGCUUCAACAUCUGGAUAUUAGGAACUGUUCAAAGCUAACUAGCUUAUUUUUAAAUGCCAAGUUACCCGUAAUGCUUAAACAGCUUCUUAUUUGGAAUUGUCCGGUGUUGGAAUGCAUAGCCCAAGACUUCCUUGAAACCACUGAUCUCGAAAGCAUUCUAAUUAGGGGUGCUGACAAAAUUAAAUCAUUACCACGGGGAUUCGACAAGCUCAGUCAUCUUCAGGAGAUUCGAUUAUCUAGGUGUCCAAAUCUGGUUUCAUUUGAAGAAAGUGGGUUGCCCGCCACAAAUCUCAGAGUUUUCUUAAUUAGUAAUUGUGAAAAUUUUGGAGCCCUUCCCAAGUGCAUCAACUUCACCUCCCUUCGACAAUUAGCGGUGUCGAAGUGUUCGGCUGACAUAUCCUUUCCAGAAGAGGGUUUCCCUACCAACCUUACAUCACUUCAAAUCUCAAACGCACCUAAAAUUUAUCCAUCACUUGUUCAAUGGGGAUUUAACAGACUCACCUCUCUUCAACAACUCAAAAUCAGAGGUGGAGGAUGCUCAAAUGUGGUGUCGUUUCCAGAAGAAGGGAUACGAAAGACGCUGCCUCCUUCUCUAACAUCUAUUUCCAUUGAAAAUUUUGAGAAUUUGGAGUUCAUAUGCUCCAAGGGCUUUCGAUACCUCACCUCUCUUCAAGAAUUGCGAAUCUAUGAUUGUCCUAAGCUCACAUCUCUUCCGGAAAAAGAUAUGCUUCUCUCGCUUGAGCACCUACAUAUUUCCAAGUGCCCAUUGCUAGAAGAAGGGUGCAGUAGGGGUAGAGGACGAGAGUGGUCCAAGAUUGCCCACAUACCUUUUGUUAAAAUUGAUAUUAAAACAGUCAUCCCGAGGGAAAUAGAUUGAAAUUUAAGCAGCAAAAUCUGGCAUCGAUUUCUCCACACUCAAACCACAGGCAUUAAAGGCUAAACCGGCGAAAAAUAGAGGAGACCUUCAAUUUCAAGUGAUGGAUUAAUGGAGGGAUACAGUACACGUUACAACAUGGCAUUAGAGAGCUUAAUUUAACAAUAACACAACAGAGUUCACUGAGCUGCAAUUUGGGGUUUCACUUACCAUGAAUCGAUUCAGAGGCUGCAUCACUUCACUUGAUGAGGAAUUGCUUCUUUGAUCAUGUGGAUUGAGCGACAUAAACAAACUCACUGUCUCUGGAAACCAUGAAAUUGGUGGCAGAUAAAAGGCCAAAUGGUACCACUGGGGAGGUGUACGUACCUUCGGGUGAUAAACCCUUGAAUGGUGGGCAUCCCAAGAGGGCAAUACCAGCUUAUGGGCUCAACAAUGGCACAACGUGGUUAGUUUGGUUUCUAAUGCUUUUAGUAUCAUCUAUCUCUAUCUACACAAAUCAUGAACCUGUCUUAGGUCUCCAUUGAUGACUGAUACGAGGCUAGGAUGUUUUAAAUAAAGUAUUGCUUUUGAAAAUUUUGAGAUUGAAAACAAAAAUGUUGGUCAAUUGCUCUAAGUUUGUAGGUAGUUAUUGUGGCGAGGUAUUUUAUUUGAUGUAAUUCUAGUGUAAUCUCUAUUUUUUAAUAGCGAAUUUCAUUUUUAGUUCUGCCCGUGGAUGUAAGGAAUAUUCUCGAACCACGUAAUUCAUCGUGUUCACUUUCUCUA